AGCGUGCGCCCUACCUGCCCGCCGAUUGGUUAGUGGCCGUCUGUUGGGCGGCUGGCUGUGGAUGUUGAGUGUGGGUGAUGGCGGUUCUCCGUUUUCCUUUGCCUCCGGCACCGUCUUCCUGCCCCGCGAUGACCAGUUUUUCGAGGAUGGUGAUAUUCACCGACAUUUGUAUCUGCAAGAUGCCACAUCGAGUGUGGGAGAAAUGGAAAGACCCAAGGUCUCUGAAUUUUGCUGCCACAUAACAGGGUGUAGUCAACUGUUUGAUACUCUGGAAAGCUAUGAACACCAUUAUGACACCCUGCACCGCAAUGUCUGCAGCUCCUGCAAACGCUCUUUCCCAUCCAGCCACCUGCUUGAUGUUCAUAUCUUGGAGUGGCAUGAUUCACUCUUCCAAAUUUUAGCAACAAAACACAACAUGUAUCAGUGUUUGAUAGAGAGCUGUGCAGAGAAAUUCAAGACCUCCAGUGACCGCAAAAACCAUUUGAUCAAGGUUCAUGGUUAUCCAUCUGACUUUAGAUUUGACAAACCAAAGAAGCUUAAACGCAAUCCAAAGAAUCAGGAAAGGAAUCCUCAUGAUAUGGAAGUGGAAGCAACUGUAUGCCAGAAAGAAGCAGAUGAUACAUUUUGCAAAGCAACUGUAGAGUCCAUGGAGCAGGAGCCAGGAGAAACAAUGGAGGCUGAGAGUCCACCUAGACCGGAGAAACCUGGUACUGCCUCGCUGCACCAACGACCUCCCAUCUCUCGCAGGGUGCCCGCUACAAUUUGUUUUGGACAUGGAUCAAUCCGCGGCUUUAAGAACCCAAGGAAAAAGAAGUAAUACGUGUUGUGAAUCGAAUAAUCACAAAACUGCAGAACUCAGUUCUGUAAUAAAGACAUCAAGACAUGAAUUUGGAAUGAUCCCUGUUAGUCAAAUGGUAUCGUUUUGGUCUCCAUGAAACUUUGUGUUUUCAGAAAUUAUCAGCCAAUGAAUCCCAUCACUCUUUUUUAGGAAGAAACCUAUACUGUUCAGAAAACAAACAAUUUAAAAUGUCAUUGGUAAAUAAAUCCAUUGUAUUUUGGUAUACUUCCGUUAGAGGGCCUUUCAUUUCCAAGGACACUUCACUGAAUUAUGGAUAUGAUGGUAUGUACAGGUAUUUACACUGUCAGUGUUUGUGGAAACUAAUUUUAGCUCAUUCAGUAUUAAUAAGAUGGAAUUUAUUCAAGCCAGUAAUUUUAGGAUGGUUGCCCAUUCGCCUUCUCCCUUACCUCCAUUCAGCACCCUCAACACUUCACUUGUAAAUCUUUUGGGGUCAUUUAUUACAUCCAGUGCUUCCUGAUGGGGCCUCUUCUACAUGGGUCAGACCUGGCACAAAUUGAGUGACAGCUUUGUCGAAUACCUCUGCUCCAUCUGCAUAAAGGGGAAUUUCCUGGUGGCCAAGUGUUUUAUUUCAAUUCCCAUGGCAGUUCAUGGCCUCCUCGUGUGCCAUGGUGAGGCUACUCUCAGGGUGGAGGAGCAACACUUCAUAUUCCAUCUGGGUAGCUUCCAACCUGAUGGCAUGAACAUUGAUAAUUCCCCCCCCCCCCCGCCCUGCACCUUUUUAUUCUGGAGUUUUUUCCCCCUUCCUUUCCAGUCCUGAAGAAGGAUCUCAUCCUGAAAUGUUGACUGUUCACUCUUUUUCAUGGAUGCUGUCUGACCUGCUAAGUUCCUCCAGCAUUUUGUAUGUGUUGCCUUGGAUUUCCAGCAUCUGCAGAAUUUCUUGUUUUUAGUUGAAGUGCACAAGUUUAGAGUAUAAUACACAAUGGAAAAAUUUGAUGCCAUUUUCAACGGGAUGAUGACAUUUUGCUUCUGAUUGUGCAGAAGCACAAAGAUUUGCUGACUGCCAGAGGUUUUUGUUGUUGAACGUUUGAAAUGUAGCACUUCAUCUUCAUGGUAUUUUACUAUAAUUAUGCAAGUCUGGAGAUAAUUUUAACAUUAUCUUUUGCACCCAACUGCUCCAGGUGCUUAUUCAAUGUGUAGUACAAGAUCAGUUAGUUUAUACUUUGCUCUGACUCCAAAUCCUCCCUCAUCCUGGACAGAAAUGUAGUACCUUUGGGGAAAGCUGACGGGCUAACAAGCUACCACAGCUAUUCUUCAACAACUUUAUAUUUAAGUGAUUACAUUAUAAAACAAACUUUUAUCUACACUAGUGCCAAAGUGGAAAUAACCUCAAAAGAAUUUUCUCAUGGAAAAAUUAGCCACAUAAAACAAGAAACUCUUUCCAAGAUCAGAGUAAAACUUAAAAGUCAUUCCAUGAAACGUAAUUAUUUUUAUACUCUGUAUUUCCUCCAAUUCUUGCAAGUGUUUUUUUUUUAACUCUGCCCACUAUCCUUUUACAAUGACCCUGACACAAAAUACAUUGAAGAGAAUGGCUUUGUGACAGAAUAUGCACCCAAGAAGGUGGUCCAGUCAGUUGUUUAAAGAAUUUUUACUGUGAUCAGCCUUCCUGAACAUUUGUGGUCCUUUCUCUAAGCCUCAACCCCUGGUAAUCAGAGGACAAAGUGACCAGCCCUCAAUAAGUAUACCACUUUAGACACUGCUGAGGGUUUUAACUUACCAGGAGGAGCCACAGUGACUGGGAUUCUUUCACUGAGUCUGGUGCUGUGGCUCAGAAGAGCAGAAAGCUGAGGUGGUCAACAGUGUUGAUAGGAGAUUCAAUAAUCUGAGACAUGGGGACAUGGGUGUGAUUUCAAGAUCAGGAUGGAAUGUUGCUAGGGUCAGGGAUGUUGCUGAUCGGGUCCAUGGCAAUCUAAAGUGGGAGGGUCUUGGUACACAUUGGCACCAAGGACAUGGGUAGAAAAAGUAAGGAGGUUCUAAAAAGAGACUUUUAGAGAACUAGGUAGAAAGCUGAAAAACAGGAUCUCCAGAGUAGUUGUGAUUGCUGGGUUACUGCCCAUGCCACGUGCCAGUAAGGGUAAGAAUAGGUAAGAAUUUUAUGUAUAUAUUCUUUGUCAUGCUGCAAAACAUUGAGCUGCUAAACUGUGUUUCAUUGCUCCACAACAAUGACAAUAAAGAUCAUCUUCUUCUUCUUCAGGAUGAUUUGGCAGGAGAAUAUAUCCUGAGGUGUAGGGGGCAGGGGUUCAGAUUUGUACAUUAUUGAGAACUGUUCUGGGGAAGAUAUGACCUGUACCAAAGGGACAGGUUACACCUAAACCAGAGGGGAACCAAUAUCCUUGGGAACAGGAGUGAUAGUGCUGAGGAUGAGGUAGUUGGUUCACAAACAGAGCAGUGUGUAGCAAGACUCCUAGCAAAGAGAGGCUGAUGAUACUACAAAAUUGCAGUCAACAGGCUGAGUUGCAACAUAAAAGGCAGACAAAAUCAAAAAGAGUGAAUACAGGACUGAAGGUGUUGAAUUUGAAUGCACGCAGUACACACAAUGAGGUAGAUGAACAUGAAGGACAGUUACAGAUUGGCAUGUUUGGUGAUGUGGGCAUCACUAAUCCAUGGCUGAAAGAAGAUUGUAGCUGGGAGCUUAACAUCCAAGGAUAUACAUUGUAUCAAAAGAACUGAUAGGUAGGUAGAAGGAGUGGUGUGGAUCUGCUUUUUUUUUAAAUUAUAUCAAAUCAUUAAAGAAGUGAAAAAAUGAUAUCAAAUCAUUAGAAAGAGGUGACACAGGGUUGAAAGGUGUUGAUUCGUGGAUAGAGCUGAAGAGCUGCAAGGGUAAAAAGGCCCUGAUGGGAGUUGUACAAACCCCCAAACAGCAGUAGGGAUGUGGUCUACAAAUUAGAAUGUGAGAUAGAAACUGCAUAGGGAAAAAGCAAUGAUACAAUUGUCAUGGGGGAUUUCAAUAUGCACGUAAAUUGGGAAAAUCAGGUUAGUGCUGGAUCCCUGGAGGAGAUGUCUAUGAGAUGGCUUUUUAGUGCAGCUUGCAGUUGAGCCCACUAGGAGAUCAGCUAUUCUGAAUUUAGUGUUGUGCAAUAAACUGGAAUUGAUUAGAGAGCUUAAGG